AUUUUUUCCCCUUUCUUCUUACUGCUGUGAUUUUGUACCUGAGCAUGGCGAAAGCAUUAAGGAUCAAAUAAAAAAUAGUAUGUAUUUUGUUAAUAAUUAAAUUGUUAGAUUUUUUUUUCAUCUCAGACUUUACUAACGAACGCGAAUGAGAGAAAAAAAGAAGAAGAAGAAUACUGUACUACAAUGCAUGAUAAGAUGAUCUCAAAUAAGAAUUGGGUUUGGAGAUAAGAAUGGUCAUGUUUUAGAAGACCAACGGAGGAGGAGAUGAUGGGCAUGGCGACGACGAGAAUGAUGAUGGAAAAUACUUGCUUAUUUUAAUCCAUUUGUUACUUGUCUUAAAUACUUGGCCAAGCCAAUUCUACUGCAAUGCUCACAACUACAUCAAAACUUUCUCAAGGAACCUGAAAAGAAACCUCCUGAUAUAUAUAUAUUUAUACAAUAUGCACAGCUUUUCAUCAACGAACUUUUUAUGUUAGACUAUUGACUUAAGAUUUUAAAUGCCCACUAGAAAUAAAUAAAUAAAAAGUCAAUACCAAAACAAUUUUGUGUCUAAACAAUGGGGUGGGUGAAUAGUCAAAUAUAAUUUCCAAAGAAUCAAAACAAAUUUAAUGCUCCCAAGAAAUGUAAUUUCCAGGCCAAACUAGUCACUUCCGAUGUCUAUCAAUUGAACUAGGUGAGGGGAGAGAGAAGAACAUAUACAGAUAUGGAGCAAGUGAAGCUACUAGGAGCUUGGCCAAGUCCUUUUAGUUACAGAGUAAUUUGGGCACUCAAACUCAAGGGAGUGAGCUAUGAAUACGUAGAAGAGAACUUGUUUAACAAAAGUGAGCAGCUUUUACAGAAUAACCCAGUUCACAGAAAAAUCCCUGUGUUGCUUCAUGGUGGGAAACCUGUUGCUGAGUCUACUGUCAUUCUUGAGUACAUAGAAGAGACCUGGCCACAGAAUUAUCCCUUACUUCCUCAAGACCCUCAUGAUAGAGCUGUGGCUAGAUUCUGGACCAAGUUUGAAGAGGAGAAGAGCCCAACUUUCUUUGCUUUCUUCCAAACGGUGGGACAACAACAAGAGAAAGCAAUAACAGAAGCAAAGGAACUACUUGGAAUCAUUGAAGAAUAUGGUCUCGGCGAGAAGGAGUUUUUUGGUGGUGAUAAGAUUGGAUUAGCUGAUAUAGCCUUCGGAUGGAUUGCAGGGUGGCUUGAAGUUAUGCAAGAAGCAGUUGGUGUUAAGUUAAUGGAAGCUGACAGUUUCCCUCGUUUACAAGCAUGGAUCAAGAAUUUCAAGGAGGUUUCUGUAAUCAAAGAAGACCUUCCUGACCAUGAUGGAAUGCUAGCUUACUUCAAACGUACAAGAGAGAUGUGUAUUGCAUCAGCAGCAUCUUAGUCCACCAUGAUAAUUUGCAAUGUUUCUGUUUUCUUUGAAUAUUGUAAUCAAGUACAUUUAGUUAAUGUUGUAUAAGGAGGUUGAAGUUUUGUUUCUUGGAA